AUGUUUUGCGUCCCACCCUUACAGGCAGGAGGUUUUUGAAAUCACUGAGAAGCUUCUGUAAUAGGAAAGCUGUGGCUUGGCUUACACCAUGCCCUGACCUUGUUUCCCGAACUUCAUCCCGCUGUGUUUGUGUUCCUGUUUUAGUAAGCAGUUCUCACUUAUAAAAAUGCUGCUCACCCCAGAGCGAAGAAGGCCACAGCGCGUCCUCUACUAAGUCCCUGCUUUGCCUCCCAUCUGUUUUUACACAGCUCUCACGAGACUGGCCAGGUGUGGACAACAGCGUUUCCAGGCCCCCUUUGUAUGGUGCUGCUUGCUGGGAUGGCGUUUGGGAGACUGAGUCUUCCGCAGCUGCUGCUUGCUGGCGUCGUGGGAAUUGCUGGAGGAAUAUACAUCUAUCAGCCAAUAUUUGAACAAUAUUCCAGAGAUCAAAAGGCGUCAAAAAAGAAGGUGGAAUUAACAGAAGAAUCGGAAGAGAAGAGAAGUUAAUGCUGCAUGGAGUUGAAUUGUAAUAACUGCCUGGAGUUCUGUUGGGCUUAACAAGAAGGAACCUCAUAAAAUUUACAUAUGCAUUUUAAAUAUAAAUCAUAGAUAAUGAUUGUAGGUGAUUUUUAAAA